AUGAGCCCUUCACUGAAUCAGGACAGACAGAACAAUGUGAACAGAUUCAUGCGAGCUAUGUGGAUUUUGUUUUUGAUCACUUUGGCACUCAGGUCAGAUGUAGGGCUAUCCGUGGAGAUGUUUCGCACAGGCGUGGCCCCUCGCUGUGACAGCCGAGCCUGUAACCCACGCAUGGGGAACCUUGCCCUUGGUCGCAGGGUGCUAACACAGACUGUAUGUGGGAACAAUGGCACAGAGCAGUACUGCUCAUACGCUGACCCCAACAUCAAUUUGGCCUGCAGCAGAGCCAAGUGUGCCAAGUGUAAUGCCGGACUGCCCUACCUAUCACACUUAGCCGGAGCCAUGUCCGAUUCAUCCUUCCGCCAUCCCAACACGUGGUGGCAGUCAGCAGAGGGGGUAGACUCGGAAACAAUUCAGCUAAACUUGGAAGCAGAGUUUUACUUCACACACCUGAUCUUAGUGUUUAAAUCUACACGACCAGCUGCCAUGACCUUGGAGCGUUCACAGGACUUUGGAAAAACAUGGAAGAAGCUCCAGUAUUAUGCCGCCAACUGCAGCGUGGCCUUUGGUCUGGAAGAAGAGAAGGGAACGGGUCGUGAUGGGGCCACAUGUACCUCCAAAUACUCUAGGGCUUUACCCUGUCACCGUGGAGAGGUGAUCUACCGAACCCUUCCUAAAUGGGAGUCUGUGGAUCCAUUUGGGCUGGAGGGACAACGGCAACUGAGAGUAACUAACAUCCGAAUUCGACUGUUGAAGCAUCAGUUAUGCCCGUGCCAGGCCAAAGACCCAACCUCUGCACAGCGAUCUCUUCCGACACAGCACUUUGCCAUUUAUGACCUGAUAGUGAAGGGAAGCUGUUUCUGUAAUGGCCAUGCUGAGCAGUGUGUUCCUGCAGUGGGGUAUCAGCCUGUGAAAGACCGCACCAACCAUGUGGUUCAUGGGAAGUGUGUGUGCAGACACAACACUGCAGGUGAACAUUGUGAGGAGUGUGCUUCCCUCUACAAUGACCGGCCAUGGCAGCCUGCUGACGGCAUCACCGGAGCCCCGCAUGAGUGUCAAAAGUGUAAAUGCAAUGGACAUGCCCAAAGUUGCUACUUCGAUUGGUCGGUGUGGCGGGAGACUGGACAGCGCAGUGGCGGUGUCUGUCACUGCCUGCACAACACAAAAGGUCGUCAAUGUGAGAAAUGUAAAUCCGGCUUCUACAGAGAUCCACAGCGGCCGAACUCUUCUCUGGACUCAUGCAAACCUUGCGAAUGUCAUCCACUGGGAUCCAUGCCCUACCACUUGUCUGAGAGCUCCCUUUGUGACCCAACCAAUGGAAACUGCAUCUGCAAACCUGGAGUGUCAGGGACCCACUGUGACAGGUGCAUGGUGGGAUACUGGGGAUUCCACAAAUAUGGCUGCCAGCCUUGUGACUGCGCUGGAGACUGCGAUCCCUUCACAGGGGAUUGCAUGGUUGGGUCGGACUUGGAAACCUACAACUCAAGUGAGCCUAUGAAAAUCUUCCGAACAGAUGAACUCUUUUCUGCACUGCACUAUUCAGAGAAAUGUGAGUGCAAAGAGCAAGCCCUGGCCAACAGCAAACUCUUCUGCACAAUGAAUUACGCAUAUGUGCUUAAGGUGAAAGUGCUGUCCGCCCACGACAAGGGCUCCCACGCAGAGGUAGAAGUCAAAGUUCAAAAAGUCCUGAGUCACAACACGAGGGUGAAAAUACAGAAGGGUCGAGUCAUCCUUUACCCUGAAUCGUGGACAGCACGAGGCUGCACCUGUCCUAUCCUUAAUCCAGGACUGGAGUACCUGGUGGCGGGGCACAUGGACCGUAAACAGGAUCACCUCUUGGUUAAUAUGAAGAGCUUUGUGAAGCCCUGGAAGGCCAGCUUGGGUCGCAAAGUCCUCUCACUACUCAAGAAAGACUGCAAUUGGUAG